UGUUGUGUGUCUCUGUAUUCAUGCAGUAAAAUGGCAGAAGCAAGAUUUUCUCAGGGUGAGCUCUCGUGUACAGUGUGUCUGGAUCUCCUGAAGGAUCCAGUGACCAUCCAGUGUGGACACAGUUACUGUGAGAACUGUAUUACAGACCGCUGGGAUCAUGAGGGUCAGAUGAGAGUCUACAGCUGCCCUCAGUGCAGACAGACCUUCAGUCCAAGACCUGCUUUAGCUAGAAACACCAUGCUGACUAAACUGGUGGAGAAACUGAAGAAGACUAAACUUCCCGCUGACUGUUACGCUGGAGCUGGAGAUGUGCAGUGUGACGUCUGUUCUGGAAGAAAAUACAAAGCCGUUAAGUCCUGUCUGGUGUGUCAGGAAUCUUACUGUCAAAUUCAUUUUGACCGUCAUGAGGAGUUUCAUUCAUGUAAGCCACACAAAGUGAUUGAUGCCACUGGACGACUGCAGGAGAUGAUGUGCCAGAAACAUGAGAAACAUCUGGAAAUGUUCUGUAUUACUGACCAACAAUGCAUUUGUGAGCUGUGUACAAAAUAUGAGCAUAAAAAACAUGACACUGUAUCAGCUGCAGCACAGAGGACAGAGACACAGAAGCAGCUGAAGGAGACGCAGAAGAUGUCCCAGCAGAGAGAGAAAGAUCUUCAGCAGCUGAGAGAGGCUGUGGAGUCUCAUAAGCGCUCUGCACAGACAGCAGUGGAGGACAGUGAGAGGAUCUUUACUGAGCUCAUCUUCUCCACUAAGAGACGCUGCUCUGAGCUGGUACGGCUUCUGAUUCCUGAUAUCAGAGAUCAGGAAAAGGCUGAAGUGAGUCAAGCUGAAGGACGACUGGAGCGACUAGAGCAGGAGAUCAAUGAUCUGAGGAGGAGAGACGCUGAGCUGGAACAGCUUUCACACACACAGGAUCACAUCCAAUACCUGCAGGUAACAGAGAUCUAAAA